UCAGUGGGAAAUUCACUGGACUGUCAUGACUUCUCACAUAAGAUGGAUAGUGGCUUGGCCCCUUCAGCCUCCAGUUCCCUCAGGACCUGCAAAUGCAUCUCAACAGGUCCCAUGGACUUGUGCGCCUGCAGGUUCCUUAGAUGGUCUCAGACUUGGUCUUCUCCUCCAGCGGGCAGUUCUUCAUUCUCCCAGUCCUUGCCUCUGCCUUCUGUGACUUGGGCCGUGUGGUUUGAGCCCUUGACAGUGAAGAGUGAGGUAGUGAUUCACGAAGACUUCAUUCAGUCCUGUUUUGAUCGUCUAAAAGCUUCUUAUGAUACUUUAUGUGUGUUGGAUGGAGAUAAAGACAGUAUAAAUUGUGCAAGACAAGAAGCAAUACGAAUGGUGAGAGUGUUGACUGUUUUAAGGGAAUAUAUAAAUGAAUGUGACAGUGAUUACCACGAAGAGAGAACCAUUCUGCCUAUGUCAAGAGCUUUCCGUGGUAAACAUAUCACACUGGUAGUUCGUUUUCCAAACCAAGGCCGACAGGUGGAAGAUUUAGAUAUUUGGUCUCAUACAAACGACACCAUUGGCCAAGUACGGCGUUGUAUUCUCAAUCGUAUUAAAGCCAAUAGUGCGCACACAAAAGUAGAACUGUUCAUCGGUGGUGAGCUCGUGGACCCUGCAGAUGAUAGAAAAUUAAUUGGGCAGUUGAAUCUCAAAGAUAAAACGCUAAUUACAGCUAAGCUUACACAGAUAAAUUCUAAUAUGCCCUCAAGUCCAGAUAGUUCUUCUGACUCUUCAACUGGUUCUCCGGGCAACCAUGGCAAUCACUACAGUGAUGGUCCAAAUCCAGAAGUUGAAAGCUGUUUGCCUGGAGUGAUCAUGUCACUGCACCCUCGAUACAUCUCAUUUCUUUGGCAAGUUGCAGACUUGGGCAGUAGCCUAAAUAUGCCACCUCUUCGAGAUGGAGCACGUGUUCUUAUGAAGCUCAUGCCACCAGAUAACACUACGGUUGAGAAACUAAGAGCUAUUUGUUUAGAUCACGCAAAGCUUGGGGAAAGCAGCCUUAGUCCAUCCCUCGAUUCUCUGUUCUUUGGUCCUUCUGCCUCACAAGUGCUGUAUCUAACAGAGGUAGUUUAUGCCUUGUUAAUGCCUGCCAGCGCACCUCUGGGAGAAGAUGCCAGCGACUUCCAAUACAACUUCUUAAAAAGUGGUGGUUUGCCUCUUGUACUGAGCAUGCUGACUAGAAAUAACUUCCUGCCAAAUGCAGAUAUGGAAACUCGAAGGGGUGCCUACCUUAACGCUCUAAAAAUAGCCAAAUUAUUGCUAACAGCAAUUGGAUAUGGCCAUGUUCGAGCUGUGGCAGAAGCUUGUCAGCCAGUUGUGGAAGGCACAAGUACAAUUUCACCGAUAAACCAGGCUACGCAUGACCAGGCAGUGGUGCUACAAAAUGCCCUACAAAACAUUCCUAAUCCGACUUCAGAAUGCAUGCUAAGAAAUGUAGCAAUACGUCUUGCACAGCAAAUAUCUGAUGAGGCUUCAAAAUACAUCCCUGAUAUCUGUGUUAUUAGGGCAGUACAAAAAAUUGUUUGGGCAUCAGGUUGUGGGUCAGUUCAGCUGGUCUUCAGCUCGAAUGAGGAAAUCAGUAAAAUCUAUGAAAAG